AUGGUAGUCGUAGCAGCUCUUCUAGGCCGCGGCUUGGGGAUUCUCAUGCCCCUAGCCGUGGCAUGCACCAUCUACCUAUACCUCUACCCAGUAUUUGGGGGCUGCGCGUUCCCGGUCCCUUCUGGAAGUGCCAGCGAGGCCUUCGAUGUGACAAGGAGGCUGCACUGGCCGUACGCAAAAGCCAAUCAGCAGCAGCAGGAUGGAAGUUAUUCGGGGACAAAGCCAGCGCCUUUCCGUCUACUCUCUCUUGGCGACCCCCAGCUCGAAGGCGACUCGGCGAUCCCAACCAACAUCAAUGGAUACUUCCCCCAUGUCCAGGACAUUGCGAAGCGCGUCGCCUUCAAGACGUGGCACCCAUCCCUCCGAGACCGCCUACGCAUGAUCGUGCACGACAUUGUCGACCUGUUCUUCGAAGACAUCCCCGACAUUUUCGAAUCGGUUCGCAAGCGCCUAGAUCUGGUGGGGAACGACCUUUACUUGGCACACAUAUACAGGACAAUGCACUGGUGGACGCAACCCACGCACGUCACGGUUCUGGGCGACCUGAUUGGCAGCCAAUGGGUUGAGGAUGAUGAGUUUGAGCGCCGCGGAAGUAGGUUCUGGAAUAGGACCUUCAAGGGCGGCCAAAGGCUCCCGGACGACCUGGCGCAGGAGCCCGAGGACGGGCAUCAAGUUUCUGGCGUGCUGGACGGUUCCGACACCGAGAUGGUGUGGACCGAGAGAAUAUUGAACGUUGCUGGCAAUCACGACAUUGGCUACGCCGGCGAUUUGACCGAGGAGCGGAUGGAACGAUUCGAGCGCGUCUUUGGCAAAGCCAACUACGAGCUCCGAUUUGAGCUCCCCAUUCCGAAUCCCGAACUUGAGUCUACCAUGCGCAACGAUGAGACAAACGUUGACUCGGACCGCAUCCAACCCGAGAUACGCAUCAUCGUACUCAACGACAUGAACCUCGACACGCCGGCCAAGAGCGCCCCCCUCCAGGACGAGACGUACCGCUUUGUCAACGCUAUAAUUGGCAAUUCACACCCUGUCGAAGACAAAGGUGGCUUCACCAUUUUGCUGACCCACAUCCCCACAUACAAGCCUGAAGGCGUCUGUGUGGACGCCCCCUUUUUUGACUUCUACCCUGCCGAGGAAGGAGGCGGCGUUCGGGAGCAAUACCUUUUGAGUUCAGAUGCGAGCAAGGGCUUGUACGAGGGGAUCAUGGGCGUAAGCGGCAACACGGACGCUUCUGGCGGAGGUCUCGGCCGCCCCGGAUUGAUCCUUAAUGGCCACGACCAUGCGGGUUGCGACACGUAUCACUAUAUCAACCAGACCAAUGGGACCGAUCACACCGAGCGAGCGUGGGAGGUGACUACAUGGAAGGACGCCCAGUUACGGGGUAUCCCAAACCGCAAGGACCGGGACAUUCCGGGACGCCGUGAGAUUACGGUGCGGAGUAUGAUGGGCGACUUUCAUGGAAACGCCGGCCUCGUCAGUCUGUGGUUUGACUGGGAUCGUUGGGAAUGGCAGUACGAGUACUCGGACUGCCGGCUGGGGAGACAGCAUUUUUGGUGGCUGGUUCAUGCCCUGGACAUUAUCGUGGUUGUGGCUGCCACUCUCUACGCGGGCAUUACGGUGGCGGAAGCAAAUGGUGUUGAUGUGGACGGGCUACUGGGAAAACUAUUGGGAUCGGAAAAUCCCCUAGCAGUGUCCUACGGAAAGAAAGACUGA